GAACGACAGCGUCACUAUUAGAACUAGGAAGUUUAUGACCAACAGACUGCUUCAGAGGAAGCAGAUGGUCAUAGAUGUCCUUCAUCCUGGAAAAGCCACUGUCCCCAAGACUGAAAUCAGGGAGAAGCUGGCCAAAAUGUACAAGACUACCCCAGAUGUGAUCUUUGUAUUUGGCUUUAGGACUCAUUUUGGAGGUGGCAAAACUACCGGUUUUGGCAUGAUCUACGAUUCCCUGGACUAUGCAAAGAAAAACGAGCCCAAACACAGACUUGCCAGGCAUGGCUUAUAUGAGAAGAAAAAGACUUCCAGAAAACAGCGUAAAGAAAGGAAGAACAGAAUGAAGAAAGUCAGGGGCACGGCCAAAGCAAACGUGGGUGCUGGUAAAAAGGUAAGAAUAUGA